CAUAAGAUCACAACGCGUUAGACUUCCGAAUUUUCUUCCAUCAUUCAAUUCAACAUCAUAUUGUGAUGAAAUAAAACACACUGUAUUCGGACAGGAACCAGAACCAGUGCCAGAAAUGUAUGCCCUCCCACCUGACAUAGUCUACAUCUGCCUGCUGUCGACGUGGUGUAUAGGGAUAGCCAGGGGGAAAGAAGAAAGUAACAUCAAUGUGUUGAGGACAAACUUACUGAAAACCCCGUCAUUGAAGGCGUGUCCUACCUUUUCACAGAUCAACAAUGUGGGAAUAAACUUCACAUUUUUUCUUCACGAGGUAAUAUCGCUAGACAGCCCGGGUGUCUUGAAGACGAGGGCCUACAUUGAGUUCUCCUGGAAGUCCGCAACUCCGUGGCCCACUGAACCUAAAGUAUCCAUAACCAGCCUUAAAAUCAGUUCUAAUCAAAUAUGGCAUCCAAAAGUUUUCGUGUUGAACUCGGUAAACAACUCACAUUCUUCCAUGAGCCCGACUGCGGACCUCCUAGUCUUCACCUCCAGCAGCGUCGUCUACUUCAAAACACGGCUGGUGCUUGAGACGAUGUGCUCCAAUAAUUUACAGUUCUUUCCCUUUGAUGAACAGGAUUGUGAUAUUAUAUUCCUGCCUCUAGACGCUGAUUGCAGCUUCAACUUGAUGGAGCUGUCGGCCAAUCGUGAACAGCCUGAGAUUAUGGUGCAGAGAGCGUGGACAGUCACGUCUCAGGAGGUUUACAAGAGGGAGUUUCAAAAUGAUGCGAUCAUAAGGGUCUACCUCCACCUUCAGCGUAACCGUUUGGUCAGCGCCCUGUUUUUCGUAGCACCACUGCUGCUCAUGUCCUUCAUGACUACCUGCAUCCUGCUCGUUCCUCGUCGCCAUGGUAACAUGAGAAUGUAUUUUGUGCUGGCCAUGUUUGGGGCGGAGAUCGUCUUCUGCGGCUACACCUCUGCCUCAAUACCGAACAUCUUACGGCAGCCCAAUCUACCCAGAUUCGGCCUGUUCGCCAUCUUCAUCCUAUUUCAAAACAUCAUCGUUAUCAUAAUGAACUUGGUCAUCCUAAGACAACCCCCGCCCAAGCCAAAUAUCACGGAAGAAAUUCUCAAGAACGGCCCUCUACAUACUUUCUCCACCCUCGCUGCCAAUGACGAAGCGUUCCGUAAUGUCUUAAGUAUGGACGACGUGAAUGACGUCCUGCAAAAGGUUGUUCAGGAAAGCGCGUCAUUGUCGACGAAUGUAGGAUUCAGUGUGCAGCAGUUGAAACAAGCUCUUAUUGAGGCGUACAAGAACCCUACGAAGACGAUCGAAUCCAUCCCGGACGCCAAUACAAUAAAAACCACGGUGUGCGAGUCGGUGCAAAAUGCGAAACCGCUGAAUCAAAGCGUGCAAGAGUUGUUCCGCAUUCAGAAAAAGGGAGAUCACCUAACGCCCCAGAAUGUGGAUUUAAUUUUAUUUUUUAUAUUUAUCGUCACAAGCUACGCGGUUUACGCGUUGAUUUAUUUCUUAUAAGAUCUUCACAAAGUCUGAAAUUGUCAAUUUGUUAAUUGAUUUAUUAAGGAGGAACGUUAGAGAAAAAAAUAGAGAAAAAGAUGAAUUGGUGUUACCAUAAUAUGUAUAUAUGCAAAAAGUAAAUAAAAAAAACAGAAUUUCCAUAUAUAUUUUCAACAAGUAUACCAGAAAAAAUUAUUUAGUCUUAAAUAGUAUACAUCUUUUAUAUGAGCUAGGUUUUGUUAAGUUGAAUAUUAAUUGAAACGUU